GUGCUCAGCAGAGUCACAGAAGAGAAGGCAGAGAUGUCUGAGCUCAAGGAUGCAGACCGUCCAGAUGGCAAAUCUUCAUCAUCCUCUGAUGGUUUAUAGUCCACGCCGCCAUAAUUACAUAGUUCCACAAGACUAAUGGAUAUGGAUGCAAAAUAAGAUUACCAGUCCCACAUGACUGCAACAUUUCAGACUUUCCAAGGAAAACAGUUUUCUGAAAUACUUGUUUUGCUAACCUGAAAUGACCUGUGCCUCGCUGAAGACCCAUCGGGCAUUACUGACAAACCUUAGGCCUGAACUGAUGUAGCGAUAACCCGCCAAACAUCUUUAAAAAGAAGAAGAAGAAGACGACGACGACGAAAAGGUGUUCGUGCUGCUGUUCAUUUUUGUGAAAAGACAGAUCAUGCGCUUCGCCAUGAAGUCCCGCAGAGGACCGCACGUCCCGCUGGGUCACAACGCACCAAAGGAGCUGAGAGAGGAGAUCGAUUCCCGUUUGUCUAAAGUGAAUGACAUCCGUUAUGAGCCUCAUCUGCUGUCUAAAGAUGAUGAUCGAUUGAAGCAUCAAGGCCAGAAUGGUUGUUAUAAUUACCUCUUCAGGAUGCAAGCGUUAGACGCCAUCAGAGACUCAGAUAUCCCAUUUCAUGAGCUAUGUCGCAGUGCCAGCGCUCUGACCGGCCGGCGCUACAGGAAGUGGCUGCAGGACCUGCGAAACUCUCACUCUCUGUUCAAAUCAAGUCACAGUGCAUUAAUAGAUCGCUUAAUGGAGGGCUACGACAACGCUCGCCACGGGACAGGGGUGUUUGGUGAGGCAGAGUUUGUGAAGUAUAAGGAAGAUCUGGCAGAACUGGCAGAUGUUGUGAAGACCUACUCCAGCACCACCAGUCUAAACCAGCAGCACCAGUCAGCAGCUAAAGAUCUGACCAGCUCCCCCGGGCCGUCCUCUGCCUCUACCAUUCAGGUCACGUACCUGCCGUCCACCGGACAGCGCAGCAAGAGGCCCAAACACUUCCUGGAGCUCAAGAACUUCAAAGACAACUAUAAUACACUGGAGAGCACACUUUAGAUGAAUGAAACCCUUUUGCUCCCUGGAAAAGUCUUCAUGUAGAAAUUAAAACAUUGGGAGAUGCAGACAAAUCGCCUCAAAUCACAUAGAGAAUGUGAGAAUGACUUAAUAUAUGACAAAAUCAGUGGGAUAAAUGUCAGGGCAACUGCUUUGGGCGCAUUGUGAGAAUGUUAUGUUUGUAGUUUUAAUGUUUUUCUGAUGACGCUAACAGGAAGAGCAUUUUUGUCCAAUGUCAAAAGUCCCUGUUAACCAGUUUUUAUUGGCAAGAAUGGCCUUUUAAUGUGAAUAGGGAGUGUAAAGUUUAUAUAUUUAUUGUCCAGAGAGCACCAACAAAGUACCGCUUAGCUGAGAUGAUGACUUUUCAAACGACAGGGUAAACGACAGAAUUUGCAUUUAUGGGUAAACUAUUCCUUUAACCAUCCAAUUUUAUACUAUGGUUUUUAAGUAAGAACUUUUUCCACCUCCUUGAAAAGAGCUAUGCCGAGGACAAGAAAUUGGGAGAGAACUGUGUUACUGAUUAUUUCUUUUCAAGUGCAAUUUUUGUUUUGGAGUUGAUGUGGAUGUGUGUGAAGGAAGGAAAGCGUGUCGUGAAUUGAUAUGGUCGCUGUAUGAGAGAACGUCUAUGCUGAUUUUCACCUUAUUGUAAAGUCUUAUCAGAUCUAA